AUAUCAAAGGGGGCUUGAUUCUUUGGUACAGUCCCACUCAUUUCUUGAUGUGUUAAGUCUUUGCCCUCAUUUCAUCUUCAAAACUUGACCAAUAUUGCGAUAAAUCAGCUCAGUUGAGUUACAGUAUGGAGAGUGAGGGAAAACCAUCAAUGAAGCGGGUGAGCGACCAGGUUUCACUUGAUAUUGAAAAAUUAGCAGGCUGUAUGAGAAAGGAGAUGGAAAGCGUGCAUCCUUUAUCAAAUGAGUGUUGCAUAUAUAGAGUUCCUGUGCAACUACGCGAGAUAAAUGAAAAAGCCUACAUCCCUCGAGUAGUAUCCAUUGGCCCGCUUCACUAUGGGAAGGAGGAAUUUCGAGCAAUGGAAGAGCAUAAAAAAAGGUACCUGUUUGAUUUUCUAGAAAGGUGUGAAGUAAGCUUGGAGGAGUUCAUCAAAGCCACUGAGACAUGUGAGACAAGACUGAGAAAUUGUUAUGCCGAAGCCAUUGAUUUUCGCAAAGAGGAGUUUGUGAAAAUGAUGUUGACAGAUGCGGCUUUCUUAAUUGAGUACUUCCUUAAAAGAUAUUUUGGUGAUUGGCCAGAUGCAGAUCGCGUAUACCGAAAACAACGAAUUACACUCAAAAUAAGGUAUGACAUAUUAAUGCUUGAAAAUCAGGUUCCCUUCUUCUUCCUCGAGCACUUACUGAAUCUAUCAAAUUUACCUCAGCUUCAUGAACUUUCCAUGAUUAAGUUGGUGCUGAAUUUCUUAGUUGAUGCUGUAAGGGAAUCUUUACCGGUAAAUAACUUAUUGGAUAACAGCUUUCAAGUACAGCAUCUUGUUGACUUUCUAAGAAUAUGUAUGCAACCAUCAAGCCCAAAUCCAAAAAAGAAAUAUAAGACUUUAUAUGCACCUACUGUUACGCAACUCCACCAAGCAGGAGUGAAGUUUAAAUCCGGUUCAAGCAAAUGCUUACUUGACAUCAAAUUCGAAAAGGGGAUUCUGCAAAUUCCAAAAUGGAAAAUUACCCCGUCCACAGAAAUUUUAUUUAGAAAUAUCCUGGCCUUUGAGCAGUGCCAUAACUCUGGCAACUAUAUUACUGAGUAUGUUAUCCUCAUGGAUAUGCUUAUCAACAUUCCCGAGGAUGCUGAAUUACUCGUUCAAAAUGGAAUCAUAGAAAAUUGGAUGCAUGAUAGCCUAGUUUUGGCAACCUUUAUCAACAAUUUGGGCACUCAGACUGUUUUGAAUGUGCGUUUCUAUUUUUCUGAUCUCAUUGAAGAUCUUGACGCAUACUGCAAGAUCCCUUGGAACAAGUGGAAGGCAACCUUAAAGCAAAAGUAUUUCAAUAAUCCAUGGACUAUUAUCUCCCUUAUAGCAGCCUUUGUUCUUCUCAUGCUAACAGUUGUCCAAACAGUAUGUUCCAUCCUUGAAGUGCGCUAGUUUUUGCCACAGAUUGUAGUUGUAAUUAUAAAUAAGCAGGCUAUGUUUGUUAUAUUUGUGAUUAUGUUGUUAGUUUCUUUUGUGUCUUGA